AUGAAACUAGACUGCUCAGGAUUGUCUCAAUACGCCGGCGGACCUCCUGACCUGAAGGUGAGCUUGUUAGAAGCGGUGCGGUUCGUGCAUGGUGCGUGGUAUGAGGUGAAGCAGGUUACACUCAAGAACUGUUUUAAAAAGGCAGGCUUCGUGCGCCACAACGCCACGGUCUCGGAAGAGACAAAUGACUUGCUCAUCGAACCUGCCGAUGUGGGUGAACUUUGGGACCACAUAGCAGCUUCCGAGGAGAACAUCGGCGGAGCUCUCUUGGGAGACUUUUUGAACGCGGACAACGCUGCCGCUUCAUGCGAGGAGUCUACUGAUGAGGCCAUUGCCGAGGAACAGCAAUCGCGACGAAAACUCACAUCGAGCGACUGCGAAAGUAGUGACGACGACGGCGGCGACGAGAACACCCCGCCCCUAAUGUCUUCACAAAAUGCCCUGCUCUCCAUCCAGUCGCUGGUCGGUUUUGUGCACGCAAAAGGACUGCCGCCAGCGUACGCGCAACAACUGGAAGCAAUGCACACGGCAAUUGUCAAACUUCAGCUCAAGCAAGCGCAAAUUUCCGACUUUUUUAAGCAUGCUUAA